AUGGCGGUUGGUAAGGUGACCUUCAGCAAGGCGGAGAGAGAGAAGCUAGCCGAGGUGCUCUGGCUGCUCAACUGGAUCUCUGUGGUGACCGGAGUGACCCUCUUCGCCCUCGGCUUGUUCCUCAAAGUAGAGAUCCAGAAAUGGGCGGAGGUGAUGUCAGAGCAGGGAACCCUCUACGUGCCACACAUGCUGAUCACCACGGGCCUGGCAGCCUGCUGUAUCAACUACCUCGGUGGGAAGAUCUGCCUGGACUGCGCAGACACCAACAAGUUCCUGCGCUGGAAGCUGGUGAUGAUGCCAUACAUCAUCUGCACCUUCUUCUUCACGUCUUGCGUCCUGGCGGGGGCGCUCAUGUGCUACAGCAUCCGCAGCCAGCUGGAGGAGUCCCUGUUUCUGGGCCUGAGGAACGCCAUGCGGUACUACAAGGACACGGACACGCCGGGCCGCUGCUACCUAAAGAGGACCGUGGACAUGCUGCAGAUCCAGUUCCAGUGCUGUGGGAACACUGGGUACCGGGACUGGUUCCAGAUCCAGUGGAUCAGCACCCGCUACCUGGACAUGACCAGCAGCGCCGUGGUGGACCGCCUGAGGAGUAACGUGGAGGGUCAGUAUCUGAUGGACGGCGUUCCCUUCAGCUGCUGCAGCACCUUCUCCCCUCGGCCCUGCAUCCAGCAGCAGCUCAGCAACCGCACAGCCCACAUCCACUACGACCAGCAGAGCCAGCAGCAGAACCUGUGGAGGAGAGGCUGCCGACAGGCCCUGCUGGACCACUACACCGGCAUCAUGGAGUCCAUCGGCCUCACCGUGCUGCUCAUCUGGCUGUUUGAGCUGCUGGUUCUGACGGGCGUCCGCUACCUGCAGACAGCCAUGGAGAACGUUCUCCGGCUGGGAGAUCCGGACUUAGAAUCAGACGGUUGGAUUCUGGAGAACAGCCUGGCAGAAAUGGCCCGGUCCAAUUUCAACAUCAUCAAGAACCUGGGGAAGUGUUACCAGGUCGACGAUGACCCCAACAUCAAUAUCCCGACCGCCGCCGCAGAGCGAGAGGUGUCAUCCAGGCAGGUCCAGGUCCCUGUGACCGGCUAG